GCGUUGAUCGAAUCAAGAAUUUCAACUGGAUCUAUUCGAAUCGAUUGCCAUAAUGUUCCGAUUCGGCUUUGUGGUUCUGCUGGUGAUCUGUUGCCAGGGUGCUUUCGGUGAUGACGUCACUGACGGUACAGAGUUGGUGUUAAGUUUCUUGGUUCACAGACAUGGAGACAGAACACCCAUGCAAUCUUCUAUAGCUAUGUCGACUGAUCUAGAAACUUUGGAGGCAUUAUCAGCUCCAUACGGUUAUGGACAACUGACACAGGCCGGCAAGAGCAGGGCCUACAAACUGGGCCAAUUCAUCCGAGAGAGAUACAAUGAAUUGCUUUCACCGAACUACAACCGUUCGGAAGUCUACAUCAGGUCCACAGAUGUCACCAGGGCUAAGAUGACGAUCCUUGCAGCAUUGGCUGCCGUCUACCCUCCCUCUGGAGAGCGGUGGAGCGAGGACCUCAACUGGGAGCCAGUACCUUACACUACUGUGCCUCUGAAGUAUGAUUUUAACUCUGCAUCAGUCAACUGCCCAACAUUGUCAAAUGCCAUCUUGACAUUGUAUUUUGUAUCCAAUAAAGACUACACAGCCAAGUAUACCGACGUCCUGAGCGUGAUAUCCAAUCAACUCAAUUUUAACAUCUCGAGCUAUCCUGCUCUUAUAUACAGCGUUUUUGAUGUCUACGCCAGCCAGCUUAGUCUUGGCAUAGACCUGACUCCAGAACUUGACGCCAUCUUGGACCAAAUAGAAGUAGCUGCCGGCGAGUCCAUGGGAUUAACUUUUGGACUUGACGAGUAUAUACCUCUGCAAGCAGGAGUUCUUCUUAAAGAAUUCUACACGUACGCUGACCUGGCCAUCUCUGGUGAGGACACUCCCAGGCUGAGGAUCUACUCGGCCCACGAUUUCAACGUGUACUCGUUCGAAGCCGUCACCAAGGUGAACCGGCAAGGGGUGCCCAAGUACGCGUCAGCGUAUACCUUGGAACUCAGGAAGGUCACCAGCACUGGGAAAUACGUUGUUCUGCCCGUGUACCUACCGUCUCCUGGCGAGGACGUGGUCUACCUGCAAGUGGAAGGCUGCGACGUGCUCUGUGACUACGACCAGUUCGUGGCUCUGACUGAAGGGAACUCCAGGGACAUCGACUCCUGGAGGGACGAGUGCGGCUUCACCGAAGACCUGGUGGUUGAUGAGUCUUCUUACGAAUAAAAGUAGAAAUAUACCCAUGACGCAACAGAAAUGCUGUUGAUAACAGAGCGUUCCCAUUUAUUAAUUAAAUUGAAUCGAUAAUAUGCUGGCUUUAUUGAGUAUCGUAUGUAGAUUCAAAAGUAGUUUAUAUAAUAGCCUCGUAGCCCCGGUUCCGUCGCGCUCCGUCAGGUUGACGUCCGUCGAUGGAUCAACGCAAACAACAUACAAAUUGUAUGAAGUUUACAUUUCAGUGCCAAAACUUGUAAACAACUGAGCACAACGGAGCUACAUCACCAGCGCGACUGAGCAAUAGGCAUGGCUUUCUGCAACUAACAUCCGAACGAACUAUGUAAAGAUUUAUCUACUAAUUGCAACUUGUUUGACGUCGCGGGUAUAUUGAAGAAAAUGAGAUUAAUUAUUGCAUCGGUGCUUUUGCUAAAAAAUUAAAUAAAAAUUUUGUUAUCCGUCUAUUUUAAUUAUAUUUUUUAUUGUUAUAUUUGUAAAAUAUUUUUGUUAUUAAAA